AUGGAGGCUGGUGCCCUCUCUGCAAACUGGAAGAAACUACAGACCACCCUCAAGCCCACAAACCCCGCCAAACCCUCCUCCCAAGCCGUCCCGAGUCAUGGAGUGAAGCGCAAGCGGGCGCCGCUUCAACUGGAAUCUCGAAGGCAGUCUCCUCGACAGACCCAGAUACCAAGGAAAAGGCCGCGUAUGGAGAAUUCCAUGGUUCCAAAUGGUGCUUCAAAGUCUCCAGCCACACUUCAGGAUCUCGAAGCUUCCGAAAAUGCCCCUCCUCUACGGCCAGUGCCUGCCGCAGCCGACUUGGUAAAUGCUGGGCUGUCUCCAACUGUAGAGGUUGGAAGAUAUGUCGCUAUUGACUGCGAAAUGGUCGGCGUCGGCCCCAAUCCUGACAGAGAAUCCGCCCUCGCGCGUGUCAGCUUGGUGAACUACAAUGGCGAACAGGUCUACGAUUCCUAUGUCCUCCCGAAAGAGUCUGUCACUGACUGGAGAACGCAUGUGAGCGGGAUCGCUCCCCACCAUAUGAAAGUUGCUCGAUCGCUCGAGGAAGUUCUGGCAGACAUAUCAAGGCUGGUCAAAGACAGAGUACUGAUCGGGCAUGCGAUUCGGAACGAUCUUGAGGCAUUGAUGCUUGUGCAUCCCAAGAAAGAUAUCCGGGACACUGCCCGUCACGCACCGUAUAGGAAGUUGGCUGGAGGGAGCUCCCCUCGGCUGAAGAUCCUCGCAUCCGAGUUGCUGGGCUUCGAGAUACAAGACGGGGCCCAUUCCAGCGUGGAGGAUGCGAGGGCGUGCAUAUUGCUGUUCCGCCGCGACAAAGCAGCUUUCGAACGAGAGCACGCCAAGAAGUGGCCUAGUCGAGCCCCGACCAAAUCGACUGAAGCAGAAGGAACGUCACUGACCGAGAAGGCUCGCAAAAAGAAGAAAAGGAAAAAGCGCUAA